AAGAGAACUCUGCCUUCGUCAACCUUUCUCCUUCAGGGAAAGAAGACGAAGAUACAAAAUAAUGGCUACCACUCCGAUUAAACUAGUAUAUUACCUCGAAGAAUCAAAUCAGCUUCUCUCAGCAUGUUUGGUACAAUGUGAACGAGUCAAACUUUUGACCUUUUCAAUUUUCUUACAUAUACGGGGUUCGUCGUGAUUAUGUCGUUAUCUGAGAAAGUAAACGGAGCUUUACUCCGGAGGUGUUUUUUUUUUUCUCGGGAAGAACCCUUGAGGGUAAAGUCAUGGACGUUGCACGCCAAGUGUUUGUGUUAUUGUCUGUGUUAGUUGUGAGUUGGGUAUUUGAGAGAUGUGAGGCUUCUGGGAAGUUCGGCUUCGAAGUCCACCACAUUUUCUCUGAUGCCGUCAAGCAAAGUCUUGGUCUUGACGAUCUAGUGCCGGAACAGGGAAGUUUAGAGUACUUCAAGGUUUUGGCUCACCGUGAUCGCUUGAUCAGGGGUCGUGGUCUUGCCUCUAACAACGAAGAUACCCCGGUCACUUUCGAUGGGGGAAACCUCACGGUUUCAAUCAAGCUUCUGGGAUCCCUGUAUUACGCCAAUGUAUCUGUCGGAACACCACCUUCUUCGUUCCUGGUGGCUCUGGACACAGGCAGCGAUUUGUUUUGGUUGCCUUGCAAUUGCGGUACUACUUGUAUCCGCGACUUGGAGGACAUUGGAGUUCCACAGAGUGUACCACUCAAUCUAUACACUCCCAACGCAUCUACUACGAGUUCAAGCAUUCGAUGCAGCGACAAGCGUUGUUUUGGAUCUAAAAAGUGUUCUUCUCCUAAAAGUAUUUGCCCUUAUCAGAUUUCCUACUCUAACAGCACAGGCACCACAGGGACAUUGUUACAGGAUGUAUUACAUCUGGCUACAGAGGAUGAGAAUUUAACGCCUGUCAAAACUAAUGUCACGCUUGGUUGCGGUCAGAAGCAGACAGGUCUAUUUCAGAGAAACAAUUCUGUGAAUGGUGUUCUUGGGCUUGGUAUUAAAGGUUACUCUGUUCCGAGCCUUCUGGCAAAAGCCAAUAUCACCGCAGACUCCUUCUCAAUGUGUUUCGGGCGUGUCAUUGGCAAUGUCGGAAGAAUCAGUUUUGGAGACAAAGGCUACACAGACCAGGAGGAAACUCCAUUCAUUUCUGUUGCACCAAGUACGGCAUAUGGUUUGAACGUGACGGGAGUAUCAGUGGGGGGAGAUCCUGUUGGCACUCGCCUGUUUGCAAAAUUCGACACUGGCUCAUCAUUUACGCACUUGAUGGAGCCAGCAUAUGGUGUUCUUACCAAAUCUUUUGAUGAUCUUGUCGAGGACAAGCGACGCCCAGUUGAUCCAGAGCUUCCGUUUGAGUUCUGUUACGACUUGAGCCCAAACGCCACAAGCAUAGAAUUCCCCUUUGUAGAGAUGACUUUUGUAGGAGGAUCCAAAAUCAUUCUCAAUAAUCCGUUUUUCACAGCACGGACUCAGGAGGGUAAUGUGAUGUACUGCUUGGGCGUUCUGAAGAGCGUAGGUCUCAAGAUUAACGUCAUCGGACAGAACUUUGUGGCCGGCUACCGCAUUGUAUUCGAUCGGGAGAGGAUGAUUUUGGGUUGGAAGCCGUCUCUUUGUUUUGAAGAUGAAAGCUUGGAAUCUACGACUCCACCACCAGAGAUCGAAGCUCCUGCACCAAGUGUAACCGCUCCACCACCUCGUUCUCUUCCUCCUGCUGUUUCUUCUACGCCGCCCCCUAUCGACCCUCGUAACUCCACAGGAAACCGUGGUACAGGCGGUGCAGCCAAUCUCAUCCCUCUCGCAUCUCAACUCCUACUUCUCCUACCUCUUUUGGCCUUCCUCUGAAUCACAAAAGCCAUUUGUUUUGUGUUGGUUUGACCAUUUUAUGUUCCUUCAAGUAAUAAUCUUCGUUUGAUGUGCAAAACAAUAUUCAGUGGUUUGUAAUCUUAUUAUUUCCCUGUUCCAAUGUACGCUUUUGUUAGUGUU